AUGACCUCCGCAAUCGCACAUCGCCCUGCUCAGCCGGGCCCACCUACUUCGAAUGGUGUACACCGCAAGUCGUCCUUCUCAUCCUUUCCUCCCUCGCGCACGCCGUCCACGAUAUCGAACAAGGCCGGCCGGCCCGGACGAUCCCCGAAACCACCCACAGUCCGAGAGUCCGUAGACUCCUCCAGAUCCUCAAGACAGCCGUCCCUGCGCUCCUCUGGCUCCGUAGUGCAACAGACAUCGCACACACGCCAUGGCGCACAGCAGCUGCGCUCCCAAUACCCGGCGGACUCGGCGGAGAAACAUGUCGAGUAUAUACUGGUCGCAUCGUUCGAUAUCGACCGCGGCUCGGUCAUGGAGCAUCAGUACCCAGGACCGAUUAGCGGAGAUGAACAUAUGCUGGCGGAGCUGAUGCUGCCGGACCAGGCGCAUGUUAGGAGUCAGGACUGGACCAUUUUCUUUUUACACAAAGAUACAAGCAAAGGCGGCGCGCAAGACGAGGGAAGCCCGAAGCCAAGGAGGAAUAGGGGCGCGGACAACCAACCGGAUGGUGUGCUUGACUCGGAAUCGAGCACAUUAGUGAAAGGCGGCGGCGACGAGGAAGACGGCAGCGUGGAUGGCUUAUCUGAGGAAGCACCAACCGAUGACGACGGUCAGGAGUUUGAGGAACCUCCGCUGGUCUAUGUCUUGAACCUUGUGAACACAAAGCAGGACAAUGCUGUUAAGAGAGGCGCAGUGGUAAAGGCCAUGGCCAUCUGCACCCGCCACUCUUUCCUCCAUAUAUACAAGCCACUUCUCCUCCUGGCCCUGGAGGAAUACUUCCGAGCGCCCGUGCCGGAGACCCUCGAAUCUCUUUUCAACGCUGUCAACUCCAUGGACCUCUCCUUGAUGCCGCGCCUCUCUCACCUCGAACGCACCAUCCUCCAAGCCAGCCCUGCAAACGACAUGUUCGUAGAGAAAUUCGCGACCAUGAUCCAGCAGCGCAUGGCGUCCGACGCCGCCCGCUCCUCCGCCAGCUCGACCGGUUCACCCGUCCGCCUCCCACCACCCCAAAAGCACACUGUCCCGCGCGACACCCACGAAUUCGAGUCUCGUGUGACCUACAACGGCGUCCCCAUCCCCAUCAAAGUUCCCACCGCCGUCUCUCCUGAAACAGUCGGCGAUUUCUCCCUCGUGAAGCUCAUCUCCACCUUCUCCGAACCACACCGCACCUCUCCCCAGCCCUUCCCCUCGCACCCUCACCUCACGACCUCAGGCCCCUACACGCACCCCCUGAUCGUCCUCCUCAACGCCCUUCUAACUCAGAAACGCAUCAUCUUCCUCGGGCACAACCUUCCCUCCUCCUCCGUCGCAGAAGCCGUCCUCGCCUCCUGCGCCCUCGCGUCCGGCGGCCUCCUGCGCGGCUUCACCCGCCAUGCCUUCCCCUACACGGACCUGACGAAGAUUGACGACCUGCUCAAGGUCCCAGGCUUCAUUGCUGGCGUCACGAACCCGGCCUUCGCGCAUAAACCCGAGUGGUGGGACGUCCUGUGCGACCUCACGACCGGCCGAAUGAAGAUCAGCCACCGCAUCGAGGGCGCGGCCGUGACGGAGGGCUCGCUGUUCUUCCAGCAGGGCGGGCCGGGCGGGGUGGCGGCGGGGGUGGGGGGUGUGCAGCCUUCCAGAAGCGGGUGGGGGAGUGUGGGCGUUGACGGAGUCAACACGGGCGCUGCGAGCAUGGUUGCCGCUGCUGGAAUAGCGGGCCUGCAUCAUGGGCCGCCACCCAGUGGUGGGCCGGAUGCAACGGGGGACACGGCCUUCAUGGAGGCGCUGCUGAGCUCGAUUGCGAACAGGCAUGGGGAGGCGGCUGUGAGGAGCAAGUGGCGGGGUUGGAUCCUCAAGUUCACGCGAAUUGCGGCGGCGUUUGAGGAGUUGGUGUAUGGGGCUAGUGCGCUGACGUCCGGGGCUGCCGACUCGGAUGCAGAAUCCGUGGCGGUUGAGAGGUACGACGUCAGGGGCCACGGCUAUGUCUGGCCGAAUGAAGAGGCGAAGAUGAAAGAGCUGGCGGCGAAUGCGAGCCGGAUCGAGGGCUGGCGUAUGACGAGGAGCUACUACUCGUUCGUGCAGGACAUGGGGAGACAGUGGACGGUGAGGGGGUCGAAUGAGGGCGUCGACUUUCGGCAUCUGCACGAUCGGCUCAGGUGUCUGAAACUGAGCCACGACCAGUCUGCUGCGGUCUACCUAGCCUUUGCGAAGGCGGUCGAGGACGUGGAAGCCGUGGAUGGUGGCAGGGAAACUGUCAGCAGCCCCGCUGAUGCGAAAGCGGCGGAUGCCACGAAUGGGGAAUACGAGAGUGAAGAAGACAGGGGAGAACGAUGGCGGUACGACAGGAUUGCGCAUCUCUUGACUGUCGUACCGGACUCCGCAGGAGGGCUGUUUUACCUUUCGCUGGGCCUGUUUCAUCCCAGGCUGGAUGUCAGAGUGGCGACGGUGGGGCUGUUGGAGAGCAUAAUGGCGCAUGAAGCUGGACGGCAUUUCUGGGCCAGCUUGGGGCGCUUUGCGAAGCUGGCUUUCUUCAGGGUCAAGAGGGAGGCUGAGGCUGGGGGCGGCAAUUGA